AUGAUGAAUCGAAAGUCGUUAGCAUUGCUGGUUGGAAUGUUGCUGGGAAUAAUGUGUUUACUCAUAUAUACAGACUUUCUGGAGAUAUCGCGUGAAGACUCGCGUGAAUUUCUAUACCUUCAUGAAAGUGACACUCCUGCCAUCAAAGAAACAACAUCAACGAAUUCAUCUCCGGAUCACCAAAAUACUAAUGAAAUAAAGAUUCCAAAUCCUGAAAAUGAUGAUACAGAAGGUGAAGGUGAAGGUGAUAGUGAUAUUAUUCCCACCCUUGAAAAUGAUAAUACAGAUGAAGAAAAUGGCGAUGACAAUAGCACAACUGUAGAUAAUACUAAAUCGACUCCAACGAAAGAAGACUGGCAAGAUAAAAAUGUAGAGACGACUGUUACAGCAACAAAAGAGAAUAAUAGUGAGGAAAGUAACAAAGAAAUUGAAAAUAAUGUUACUAUUGACGCUAGCGAUAACAAUGACGAUAAAUCCACAAAUCCGAAUCGUAAUAAAAAAAUUCCCAAACCAAAAGUAAUUCCAAUCAAAUCUCCAUUACGUCCAGGUGGUGGUCCAUUUCCAAUUCCCGAUUAUAAGAUACCCAAAGGUAAAAAAGCAGAAGGUGAACUGUUCUUAGCCUAUUUAACUCAUGGUCAAUUCAACAAUCAACGCGUGGAAUUAGAAAACGCGUUAUUAUUGUCGUAUCUUCUAAACCGUACAUUAAUUAUUCCACCGAUAAUAUUUGGCAAAAAAAAUCCAUGGAAACCUUUUAAUACGCUCUACAAAAACAUCAAUAAUUUGAAUAAAUCAGGCUUGGAAAGGUGUCCGAGCGCAUUGGCUAAUAAUGAAAUCCUGAAAGAUUGCAAAGAAUAUAAUUCCUGGACAAUUAUGCCAUGGGAUAGUUUUUACGAAUUCGUGUCACUUACUGAAGAAUUAGGGAUUCGUUAUAUUUUUGCUGAAAAUUUUAGUCUAGAAUGGUUAAUGCAAAGAAUUAAUGUGGAAAAGAAAGAUAUCUUUUUCUUUAAAGAUAACAAUCCGUAUGGACUUCGAUUUUACGAUGAUCCGGAGAGUGAAGCGAAAUUGUGGAAAUUUGCGGCCCGUAUGAAUGUCGAGGAUUUAGAGAAAUGGCCACAAAAAGUAUUAUAUUUCGAAACUUUAUUUGGCUCCGGACGAAUUAUAUCCGAAUUUCAAGAAACUCAUGAGGUACGCGAGAAAAUUAAAGCCGCAUUCGAUUUUACACAUCCGACUGUUCUUGCUAUUGCAAAUAAAAUCGUGGAUAAGCUCGGAGGAAAAGGCGGUUAUCUAGGAAUGCAUGUGCGAUUAAGUGAUGCAAAAUUUUUAGAGUCUUCUGAUGCGACUGUUCACGAUUUCAUUGAACAAUUAGAAUCUGUCAGUGAAGAUUUCGACUUGACUUUCAUAUUACCCGAAGACUACGAAUUUUAUGACUCACCAAUAUCGUUUGAUUCAGCCGACGAUUGUCUAAGCAAGUUCGAUCCAUUGAGAAAUACAUUAAUUUACAUGGCUACCGAUUUGCCACAGCCACGUAAUCAUGAAAGCUAUGAUGCACUAUAUAAUGCCUACCCGUGCAUAUUAACAUUAUCGGAUUUUAAUCAAGAACUUGAAGAAUUGAAAAAUCUCAAAAAUCCAAAGGAUCAAACGCCUCUUAUGAACUUUUUGCUAUUUAUGGUGGACAUGAUAAUUGCCGCCAAGGGUGAUCCAUUUAUUGGAACUCAUGAAAGUACCUUUUCCCAUUAUACGAAGUUCUUGCAUAACUUGUACUUUAGCACGGAUGAGGAUGAUGAUUAA